UGUCUGUGGGGGGCUCUGGGGUAGAGGUCUAAUAGGGGCCUGACCGGAGGCGGCCGGCCCCUGCGCCACCCGGCCACCAUGCAGCUGCGGGACUCGCCGGCCGCCUGCCCGGCGCUGUGGCGCUGCCUGCCCUGCCCGUCGGCCGAGCUGCGCCUGGACCUGGUGCUGGCGUCGGGGCAAACGUUCCGGUGGUGGCAGAGCAGCCCGGGGGCCUGGACCGGCGUGCUGGAGGGGCGCGUCUGGACGCUGCGGCAGGAGCAGGACCGGCUCUGGUACACGCUGUACGGCGAGGAGGGGGAUGAGGAGGGGGGUCCCGCCGGGGCAGCCAAGCCGGGCGAUGCCGAGACGGACCAGAUCCUGCGUGACUACUUCCAGCUGGACGUGGGGCUUCCAGCCCUGUACCGUGCCUGGGGGGCUGCCGACCCCCUGUUCCGCAAGGUGGCUGCUGACUUCCCAGGGGUGCGGGUGCUGCGGCAGGACCCCGUGGAGUGCCUCCUCUCCUUCAUCUGCACCUCCAACAACCACGUCUCCCGCAUCACCGGCAUGAUCGAGCGCCUCUGCCGCACCUUCGGCCGACGCCUCUGCCGCCUCGACGCCCGGCCCUUUCACGCCUUCCCCUCCCUCUCAGCGCUCACAGGCGCUGACGCUGAGGCCCGGCUGCGGGCACUGGGCUUUGGGUACCGGGCCAAGUUUGUCAGCGGGACAGCGCGGGCCGUGGCUGAAGGGCUCGGGGCUGAGGGGCUGCGCCAGCUGCGUACCGUGCCCUACGCUGAGGCCAGGAGGGUGCUGUGCACCCUGCCCGGCGUGGGCACUAAGGUUGCUGACUGCGUCUGCCUGAUGGCGCUGGACAAGGCAGAGGCCGUGCCGGUGGACACCCACGUCUGGCGCAUUGCCCGGCAGCGCUACGGCAUGGCGCUGGGUGGCAGGAGCCUGAGCCCCCGGGCCCACCAAGAGAUCGGUGACUUCUUCCGAGGGCUGUGGGGCCCCCGCGCCGGCUGGGCACAGGCAGUCCUCUUCUGUGCUGACCUCCGCAAGGGCCAGGAGCCGGCUGGCAGCCAGGAUCGGGCCCCGGGGGGCCGAGGCCAGGACAGAUGUGGGGACACGACCCGCUAGGGACACCCCAGGAGGGAAAGAGCCGGGGGAUCCCUGUGCCUGCUCCCAGCUGGGGAUGGACAGGGGUGUAGGCAGCUGCCUGUCCCCUGCCCACUGUGUGCCUGGCAGGGGCUGCUGCCCUGGCCAGUGGGGCUGGGGGUGGUCGGGGCUGUGUCCAGCCCACCCAGGGCAGAGCCAAGCCAAGCGGUGUUGGCCUCUUGCCUUUAUUACAAGCAAUAAAAUAGAAACAUCCA